CAAUUCGUGCGUGACGCGAAGUUGUCGGCGUAUCGCUCGCAGUACUUUCGAUAUAUCAACGUUACGGCGAGACGCGAACGUCGACGCCGUUGGCUCAUCUGCCGCGCGAGUGAGCGAACGCCGUGAAGUGUGCAUCGCUUUAGUGCCCGAGUUGUGUGUACAUAUAAAUGGCGGCUGACGAAAAAUGGUACUUUACAAAAGAACAGCUUAUAAACACGCCGAGCAGAAGAUGCGGCAUCGACGCGGAUAAAGAACUAAGUUACAGGCAGCAGGCGGCGAAUUUCAUCCAGGACAUGGGACAGCGACUCGUGGUUACACAAUUAUGCAUCAACACAGCAAUAGUCUACAUGCACAGGUUCUACGUGUUCCAUUCGCUGUCACAUUUCCACCGGAAUUCAAUUGCUGCAGCAGCCCUUUUUCUAGCAGCGAAAGUAGAAGAACAACCACGCAAACUUGAACAUGUUAUCAAAAUGGCACAUAUGUGUUUACACAGAGAUCAGCCGCCACCUGACAUCAGGUCUGAGCAAUACCUUGAACAAGCUCAAGAUUUGGUAUUUAAUGAAAAUGUCCUACUACAGACAUUGGGGUUUGAUGUUGCCAUUGAUCAUCCCCACACACACGUUGUCAGGUGUUGUCAACUGGUUAAAGCGAGCAAGGACUUAGCCCAGACGUCAUACUUCAUGGCAUCUAACAGCUUACACUUAACAACGAUGUGUCUACAAUACAAACCCACAGUAGUUGCCUGUUUCUGCAUCCAUUUAGCAUGUAAAUGGUCCAAUUGGGAGAUACCUCAGAGUAAUGAAGGAAAACAUUGGUUUUGGUACGUUGAUAGAACAGUAACUUCAGAACUACUACAACAACUUACAGCAGAAUUUCUACAUAUAUUCGACAAAUGUCCGUCGAGAUUAAAAAGGAAAAUAAUGAGCAUUUCUGCUAAUCAAAGCCCGAGUAUCAAUCACCCAAGUUUGCCAAAUUCGCCAUUUGAUGCUGAACCACGAAAAGUUCAAUCUCCAGCAUCGGCGGCAGACGGAGGGCCAACAUUUCAUUCUAAUCGGCCGCAUCAUACAGAAAAACAGGAAGAAAAGAAACAACUUCCUCCAACAAACACAAGACCACCUGCUGAUUAUCGUGAAUAUCGAGAGAAAAAAGAACGUGAACGUUUAGAAAGAGAAAAAGCAACAACUCCAGUUACAAGUGUUCAAAGUCAUGCAGUUGACAUUAAUAAGCAUCAUUCGCAUCAUCAUAAACCUGUGUCCGGAACAAAUAUACCUAAUAAGCAUUCCGUGCCACCGGGGCAAAAAACUACAUUACAUCAUAAUCAUCAUCAUAGACAAGAGAUGAAAGUUAGUCAACCAGUACCACAAAGGCAUUCUACAGGCAACCAGCCGCGAGAACCCAAUCGUGAUCCUAGUAGACAAAGGAUACAAAGGGAAUACAAUUCUAGUAGUAGUUCAACUAGUAGUACGGUGCAUUCUCAUGGUCAUACGAUACAUCAAACAAAGGAUGUAAAUGUAGACAACACUUUACCAGAUAUUACAUCACACAGAUCUGAUGUUGCUACAUUGCCAGACAAUCUCAGCAAUAACAACCAUAAUUUACAAAGGUUAAGCACAAUGGAUGGAAAACAUCAAUCUCAUGACAAAAGAGUCUAUGAUCCAAGGCAUAAAGCUGUAGAUCACAGGAAAGAUGGAGAACAAAAAACAUAUAACAAAUAUCCUGAUUCGUCGAGAGAUAGACAGCGGAAAUCUGAUACUUUGGAACAGAGAUGUGAAGAAGUACGUAAACUUAUAGAAAAACCUUUACCAUUUCCAAAACCAGCAUUGGAUGUACAACAUGCUGCCAAUAUACAGAAACAAUCUUAUCAUGGUAAAUAUAGUCAACCGGAUAAACCACAAGGAAGCACCAGUGCGUUUAUAAGUGAUAUGAAACCGAUCUCUAUAUCUCAAAACGCAUUUUCUCAAGAAAAAUCUCCGACGGCCCUCGCGUCUUCUCUGCCACAAAUCUCACAAAAAAGCAUAUCUUCUAAGCCCACGAUAAAUCAGCAUUCUGCUUAUGGUGUUCCACAAACGUUAAAAGAUUCUAUUAAGAAUGGAAAUUCUCAAUCCUCGUGUUUAACGUCUUUAAAUAAUAUAGACGAUCCAAAAGCUGAAAAACGUCCGCGACACGACGAAUUGAUCGAACAACAACAAAAUUUGUUACAAACGCCAACGACCAAGCACAAAUCAUUGUUUAGUCCGGAAAAAGUGCAAACCAGUCGGGAGUCUCACUCUCAGAGGCCUAAAUCGAAACAAAAAACGCCACCUUCGGCUGUUAAAGUUCCUAAAGAACGUGCACCAGAGACACUAACUGGUCUUAAUUUGGUGUCACCAUUCGCGAGUCCGCCAGGUUUACAACAAACUGAUUCGAUGUCAAUGAAACGUUCAGCUAGCGAUGCAUCAACGAUAUCUCAUAAAAGGCAUCGGACUACAAGUUCUAGUGAAAACGAGCCCCAGUUGAAAAUGAAGAUAGAAGAUACGUCAAGUUUAGAGGCCAUGAAGAUGCUUGGUAGAGUACCAGAGCUUAUCCAACCAAUUAGAGAUAAUCCUUCGUCAAAUGGUAGAAGUACUUCAGUGGCUAGCGAUUUGCAACCUCCAGAAUUAAUCAAACCGUUUGAACCGGAACCUGUGAUUUCUCGUUUUGGUAGUAUGGUUACAAAUGGGUUGGACACAGGCGUCGAGGCUCAACAACAACCAGUGCAAAUGGAAUAUUUGUCACCAAUGAAAUCGGCUCAAAGUAUAAGUGCUCUAUUGCAGGAACCUUUAGCUCCGUUGCCAUCUUUAUUGCAAGGAAUGCAGCAAUUUAGUAGUCAAAUAACAUCACAACAAGCGCAUCAGGAGCAAGUUGUUCAGCAAGAGCAACAACAGCAGUCGCAACAGUUGCCGCAGCAGCAGCAAGCACAGAUGCAAUUACAAGUACAGUCACAGACACUGCAACAUCAACAUCAACACUCGCAUCAACACCAACAACCUAUAACUUCUCAUUCAUUGUUACUUCCUGAUAGCCAAUUAGCAGUACAAACACAGUGCAUGACACUGCCUUCAUCAAUGAAUGAAACGUCUGUAGUUUCAACGGUCGAUAUUAGUGUUCUAUCUGCUCCGGUACAAAAUAAUACAGAUGGAAUAGUUCAGACCGUACCAACAACAGUACAGCCAACAGUGCCGAUAGUGGUCGAAGAGAAGAGAACGGAGCAUCAUAAGAGUGAAAAGAAAAAGAAAAAAGAAAAACACAAACAUAAAGAUAAGGAGAAAAAUAAAGAAAAACACAAACACAAACACAAAGAUAAGGACAAGGAGAGGCAUCGUGAAAAAGACAAGGAGAAAAAUGAGGAGACGUUACCGGCUGCACCGAUCAAGAUAACAAUACCUAAAGAGAAAUUAAAUCUCAGUGGUGAAACGACUGUUACCAGUGGCGGUACUGUCGUCAUACCUGAGAAAAAUAAAUCACCUCAAAGUACCGGUUUGAAGUUGAAAAUUUUAAAAGAUCGAUUGAAGAGUGCGGAAAAUGUACCGAGUACGCAGGCUCAACCGGUGCCACAGGCACCGUUAAAAAUGAAAAUUCGAACGGACGCGAUCUGGAGAAGUUCAACAGGUAGCGUACCGGUAACGACGACAAGCGCUUCGACGAUCGCUAGUGUACCGGACUAUUCGGGUGAUGGUCGAAAAAGAGAAAGAAUCGAUGUCAACGAGAGUACGUCGAACGUGGUUCCGCCGACGAAAAAGCAACAGCAACAACAACAACAGCAACACCAUCAUCACUAUCAUCACCAUCAGCAGCAGCAGCAGCAGCAGCAGCAACAACAACAACAACAACAACAACAGCAACACCAACAACAACAACAACAACAUCAGUCACAGCAGAUCUCAUCGAUGGCCGCCGGUGGUUACAGUCAACAUCGUCCUGGGGAAAGGCAGAACGGCAGGCACUAUAGUUCAGGCAGCAAUAACAAGGUACGUGGAGGCGGCAGAGGCGGCCGCCAGUAUAUCAAGCGCGGGCUACCACCAUCAGGAUCGGCUGGCAAUUUCAAUAUAGCCGGUCAACGUGACGGCUAUUAUCAGCAGGAUACCUAUAGUAAUAUCAAUGUCCAUCAUUCCUCUAAUCAUCCUUCGUCAUCUAAUAGAACUGAUACAGCCUACAACAGGGCUACUCACGUCGCCCAGGCUGAUUCAUAUUUUGCUAACUUCACCAAUUUUCCACCGCCCUCGAUAUACAAUCCUGCCGCCGCCGCCGCCGCCGCUGCCGCCGCUGCUACCGGAUACAUGUAUGACCCUGCUAUGAGUUAUUAUCAACAAUAUCAGCAGCAGUACUCCAUGUAUCCGGCGGGCAAUGUCAUAAUGACACCGGAUGGCGCCAUCGAUACGUCCGUUCCACCACCCUCAUUACCUCCCAAUGUACGUCGAAGUCCCGUUAUGAUUGUACGACCGACUCAUCAGUCGGGCGUGUCUACUCAGCAAGAAACUGACAAACCGCCUCCGUUGCCUACCGGACCACCCCCGAGUUCUUCUCCACCCCCACCCCCACCCCCAGAGUAGUUGCGACUGCACUCAAUUUUUUUUUGUAGUAGAUUUAAUACGUAGCUCACGAAGUAGUGCUUAAUUUAUGAAAAAAAGAACUAUCUCUCCGAUCCGUUAUCCGUGCUUGUCAGCAAACUUUUUAAUCAAAGGUUCGGAGAAUCUUUUGUAUAUAUCUCUUUUAUAAUUCGUACAGUGUAUGUAUAUUAUUCAUUAUCAAAUCUAAGAGAAUACCUAUUAGCCAAUUUUUUUUUAUUUCAUGUCGAUAAAUAUCUAAUAUUAUUUUUACAUCACAUUAGGUUAGGGUAUACUAUGACACAGAAUGUUUAUUAAGUUUAAUUGAUUAUUUUUAGAUUAUAAAUCUAUAAGUAUGUAGAGAGUGAAUACGAUUCUUGCUUCGACAUAGCACGGAUAGGAGAAGAGUGGUUGAUUAUUUUGUAGAAGUAAACUCUCUGUCAUUUUUUUACGGAAGAAGUGAAUUUUCUACUUGCCUCUGUUAUCCCUGGACUCCUAAAGUUUGUGAAUGGUAGAUGUAGCAGCAUGGCAUCGUACGAUAUCUUUUACCUUUGUUAUAUAUUACCACAUCUAUCUUUCCACCUUUGUACCUGUAGCAUAUCUUUUUAGAGUACUUUGCAAGCAUAUGACUUCAUUAAAGUAUAUACGAAAUGAUUAUUAUUCAACCUGAAGAUAAUCAUUCAGAAGACGAUGACAACAAUAGGAAGACAACGACAAAUGUGUGUGAAAAGGUAUUUUAAUUUUGUUGAAAGAUUUAAAGAAAUCUAGCGAAUAUGAAUAUUAAUUUACUACGAAUUUAUGAACAUAUGAAGACUAUGACCUUUUAAAGGUUUUUUCAUUGCAAAGACAAUGUUCCUUGAGAGAAGAAAAUUCUCGGCUAGGCUUUUAAAUUUUUCCCAAAAUAUUUUACAGCAAAAAAUUUAUUUCUCUAUGUCGACAGACUAUUUGUUAGUCCUAAAAAUAGUAAACUAAUUGAAGUGAUACAAAUAUUUACUUUUAUUUGUAACUUAACUUCAAAUUGUCGGAUUGAUGUUGUUAGUUUAGAUUUUCUUUUUCUUUUUUCUCCUUUAUUGUUAUUAUUAUUAUUAUUAUUAUUAUUAUUAUUAUUAUUAUUAUUAUUAUUAUUAUUAUUAUUAUUUUCUUUUCUUUUUUUUUUAAGAAAGGAGUAGCAAAAGUUAUAAAAUUUAAAACAUACCAAACACUGCCAGAUACCAGAGAGGAAAGUUAUAUUACACGUUUUUUCAUUUUGUGCUUAAUUCUUUUUCUUUUUUUGAAGUUUGGUAAAGUUGAUAAGGGAUUAAUAUAUAUUAAAAUAAUGAAAACAAGGAAUAAUUAAGCUUUCCUUAAUUUCUUAUUGAUAUUUAUAUUUUUGAGGAAAUAUAGCAAGAUAUCGAUGAAAGUGAAUCAAAAAGAGCUUACGAGCUUAUUGUUGCGAAGAUAUUUGACUUAAACAUAAUAUUAACUUUGCUUAUUGAAUACUUUCCUUUGCUGGCAAAGGAUCAUGAAGCAAGAUGUUCUUAGAACAAGAAUGUUCUAAGAAAUACAUUAUCGUGUAAUAACUAGUACUUUCAAUGUAAAAAAACGAAUUAGAUAAUUUUUCUAUCAAUUGUUUAUAAAAAAUUAUAUAAACGGUAUGUGUGAUGAAAACUACCAAGAGUAAAUUAGUAAAUAAUUAAGUAAUCGUUGGAAAGCUUCAAUAUUCUAAACAAGUUACAAUUUUUUAUCUGAUCUAACAAUUUAUUCAAGUUUUUUAUAUGCCUAUUCAAUGGCAAAUUAUACAGAUACAGAAGAUUUAUUCAUCGUAUUAAUUUAUAUUUAUUAUUUCAGUUAUUCUUAGUGAAAAGAUAUAUUUGAGUUACUCUUUAUUGAAAGUUAAAAAAAAAUCAUUUGCAAUUAAUUUGUAAAGAAGAUAAUAACCAAUAAUUUAAGAAAUUAUUUGUAAAGUUAUAUAAUUCUUUUUUUUCCCCUUCCCAUUGUAUCAUAUAAAAGGAUUUCUAAGAACAUUUUUAUUGUAAUAGGAAAGAGGAAAAUGCAUAUAAACAAACAUCACAAUUAGUACAAUGAGAUUAUUAAUAUGUAAUAUCACCCGAGAAACGCGCGCGCGCGUGUGUGUGUCUAUAUAUAUAUACAUACAUAUACACGCAUACAAGCAUAUAGAUGCCUUAGAUCGUAAAGAUUCUAAAAAAGUCAGUAGUAUAAUGACAUGAUAAUUUUUUUUCGUACUUAGUUAUUUUCUAAUGCAGCUUUUUUUUCUCAUUUUUUAUUUCCAUUAGAUUCUUCCUUUUACCAUUAUCUGCUGCACCAAUUAUAAUGAUUUAAUACGUGUGUAUCAUUGUAAAUUUAAUACUUGGACUGAUUAUCGUCUUUUUCGUAAGAAGAUACGAUUUAUAUAUUUAAGUGUUUUAAACAAUUUUAAGAAGUAAGAGUUAGGCAGUCAGAACAGGAUAGUGGGUGUAUUAGAAAUUUAUCCUUAUAUUAUCUACCUGUUUUGUUUAAUAGAAAGAAGUUUCUAUAAUUGCAAUUAAGUCUUUAUUAUCAGAGUGUUUAAUUGCUCGGCUAAGUACACUUUAUAUUUGUCUAAAUAUAUUUAACCAUACGGGAAAGGAAAGUUUAUGCGAUAUAUAUAUAUAUACUAAGUGUUGGAAAAAUUUUUGACUAAAAUUAUUGAUAAAAAUUUACGCGCGAAAUUAAUUUGCCAAUUAAUGAAAUAUGAAAUUAAUAAAUAUAGUAAUAGGAUUGUGUAUAAAUUUCAUAUUGUAUAUUUUAUUCGUACAAUGGUUUUUUGAUUUGUAAUUAUUGAUUAAUCGUAGCAAUGUAGCAACCGUAUUAAUUUUAUUUAUUUUCUCAAUUCAUUUAAGAUGAGGAGAGUUUGUCAUAUUAUUUUGAUUACUCGCGUUCUAAGCUGUACAUGCAAUGGAACACAAAGAGUACUGAUAGAACAAAUAUUAACUCAGGAAUGUAUAGAGAAAGAAAGAGAGAGAGAGAGAAAGAGAGAAUGAAAGUCAGAGUGCAUAAGUAAAAAAAGGGGGUGGGAAUGAAAGAGAUAGAGAGAAUGAGAGAGAGAGAAUGGGAAUGAAUCGAAUAAUAUGCUUAAUAUAUGAAUUAUAUAUAUAUAUAUAUAUAUAUAUAUAUAUAUAUAUAUAUAUAUAUAUAGUAAUAUAUAUUAUGCAUUUAUAUUAUUGACUGAAAAUGCGUUUAUACUAUACAGAAUAAUGUGCCUAUAUGCACAUUUACAGAUCAUUUGGAUUAUAAUAAUAUUGUGACACGAUUAUCAUUAAUGUAAAAAAAGAAAGAAACCAAUUUCUUGCUGUGACAUAACUGUAAUUAUUAUAGCGAUAUAAAUUGCUUUCGCACUAUUAUGCUAGUAGAAGUAUACGCGUUCUAUUUGUGAAAUCAUUAUGAUCAUAGUGAUUAUUUCUUUUUUUCCAUGCAAAUUACCAUUAAAAAAAGAAUGCUUUGCAAGUUUUCAAAAGAAAAAGAAAGACAAAAAAAAAUAAUAAAAGUAUAAAAUAAAUUGGGUUUUGCAUGGAGCGAGAAACUAUUUUUGAUGGGCACAUGUACUAGUAAAUAGACGUUUUUAUUUUUCUCUUAUCGUUUCUGUGUAUAAGUUUUACAUGCGCAAAAUAAUCUGGAAGUUGAAAAAGGCUAAAUCUUUUUGGAAAGAAUAGAAUAAUAGUAUACAUCUCGAAAUAGUGUAGAUAGUAGAAUAUCUAAAAUAUCAUUCAAAAGACGAAAGAACAUUAUUUUCCCUUUGAUUACACAAUUCAUUACAUUAUAAUAUUUCUUAUGUAUAUAAGUUACAUAACAAUGUUUGUAUUCAUGAAAGAGAAAUAUCUACGGAUCGUUCUAUUCUUUCUUAAUUGAUUAAAGCUUAUUAUAACAUGAGCGUUAAUUCUUGUUUAAUUCGAAUGUGUGUUCAUAGUGUAUACAGCUGAAAGGUAUCGUAAAAUCUUAUAUAAAAGGAAGAUAUGAAGAGAUAUAUUUAGAAGAAUAAAAAUUAUGCGUUAUUUAAAAAUUGUGCACUCGUGGCAGGUACUACGUUACGGUACGGGAAGACAAAAUAAUUGCUAAGGUAAUUCUAUGUAGCUUUUGUAUUCUUUGACUAUAUGGAGUAUAAGAAAACGAAAGAAUGAGCGAGAGAGAGAGAGAGAGAGAGAGAGAGAGAGAGAGAGAGAAAGGGAGAAAGGGAUAUAACCCAUAAAUAAAUAAAUAAAUAAUAAAGAAAUUGAUAAAAUAGGUUAAACAAAAAAAAAAUACAAACAAUAUAGGCGCGCGUAUCCACUCACGCGUGUGAGCGAUGCUUGACAUGAAUGAUAUAAAUAAAAUAAAAAAAAAGUAAAAAAAUAGCAAAAAUGUAAAUGUUAAGGAGAUUGAUGGGAGAGAAUUUUAGUAAAAAAAAAUGUAUAAAUGCGGAAAUACACAAAAAAAAAAACAAACAAACAAGUGCGUCAAAUAUGUACACAAUGUAUAAAUUUUUUUACUUGCCGCGUAUGUUAUCUGUUUUCUUUUUAAGAUCGUGCAUCGCGCUUGCAAAAUCAUUUAUAGGCAUUGAUUGCGUUGAAAAUAAUUGUUAACGUUACCACAAUUAUACAAAUGAACAAUUUCAGUACUUAGAUAUAAUCGAAAUUAAUAAUAAUAAUAAUAAUAAUAAUAAUAACAAUAACAAUAAUAAUAAUAAUAAUAAUAAUAAUAAUAAAAGAAAAAAAAACAAAAACCAAAUAAAAGAAAAUAUAUAAUGCGGCCUAUUCCUUUUCGAAUAUAUAUUAUAUUUUAUCACACGGAAAUGGAAUUAUUAAUUAUUAUGGAUCUCCUCGAUAGGAUUGACCCAUUAGACGACGCACAGCAGGGAUCGUAUGCGUCAUGUGUUUGACCAAGAAUAGUAAUAAAAAACACACACAAAUAUAUAUAUAUAUACAUACAUAUAUAUAUAUAUAUAUAUAUAUAUAUAUAUAUAUAUAAAAACAACGGAAAUAAACGUUCUGUGAAAACGAAACGUACCUUAGUAAUUAUUUUGUCUCUUUCUUCACAUAAUACCAUAAUAAUAUCGCACAUCGUAUCGCCGCAUUUCUUUAUGUACUAACAUAUCACUGCUUUAAUUUAUGAUAUAGGAACGUCAUAUGAAAUGUAAAACUUUCAUUAUAUGUCAUAUACACGCAUAUAUACUAUAUACAUACUUAAACAGAAACACACACACUAAUAUAUAUAUAUAUAUAUAUAUAUAUAUAUAUAUAUAUUCGAGAAGAAUACGUGUUUUACGAGGAUUAAGUUAUUAGGCUAUCCUGUCGUCGUUUCAUUUGAUGCUUGUUUGGUGAAGGUUAAACUACAGAAAUAUUUUUUAAACAUUUAUUUCUUUGUGUUUUCCUUUCGUUAUAUGUAUGUAUAUAUGUAUGUAUAUAUACAUAUAUUUGUAUAAUUAUGCACGUGCAUGUUCUAUAAGU